AUGCAUAGAAAACGAGAACGUGAUAAUGAAAUCGCGCGUGUCCAACAGAGAGUCAGUGGCUUUAAUCCUCAAUGCAGUGAUGCAUGGGCUGGCCUUUGCCAACAUUUUGGCUCCAAAAUCACUCAAGAUGAAUUAGUAUCUAUUGCAGAAGCAAUUAAACCAUACGCUCAAGUCAAAUUAGACCGUGAUGCACGAAGAAGAAAGAGUGUUAUACUUAAAUGGUACCAAGAUAAUUGGGCCCAAAUUAGCAAAUAUAUUAAAUAUGUAGUGUUAGAAGAUGAUUCAUCUGCAUGA